AUGGAUCAUGAAUUUUUAUAUGUAUAUAGUUAUGAAAUAAAUGAAAAUGUUCGAAUUCGUGUUGUAUCCUUAGAAGGUGUUGCAUCCAGCCUUGAACGAUUUCUUUAUGUUACUGGAAACAAUUUCUUCGUCACUGUUACGGUUUAUUGCAAUGAUCGCUCAGUUGGUUGUCCAGUCUCAACAUCCUAUAAGCCUCCACCAGAAAUAAUAAGGCAUGCUUUACAUGAAUGGGAUGAGUGGAUCAUUUUGCCAGUGAAAUACAGUGAACUCAGUCGCGAUUCAUUUUUACGCCUUUGUUUAUGGGAUGUAGGUAAAGAAUUGGAACCAAGGUUUGUGGCCCAAGCAACUAUUACUUUAUUUAGUAUGAAAGGUGUUUUUCGUUGCGGACCACAGAGUUUAUGUUUAGAAAGGGAAUCUUCAUUCGAUCAGCUACCUUCUAAAAAGCCGUAUGAGUUAUCUGACACUGAUCGAUUGCACAGACUCACUAAAGAUUAUGGAGAAACAUUAAUUGACCAUGUGGAUUGGUUGGAUCGUUUAACAUUUCCUCGCAUAGAAAGGCUCAAACGUGAAAGUGAGAAUAGUCAACGAUGUCUCUUUUUAAUGAUUGAAUUGCCUCGAGUGGUUCUUGGAAAUAAUACUUAUUCCAUUGUUUAUUACGAGAGGGAUGAAGAUACAAAAAUUUCGCCAUAUAAUGCACCUUAUCCUACUGAUCCAGAACUUGGAAUGGAUAAUUUGUGCGAAGCGAAGCAUCAUAUGCUAACAAGAAGUGCGCGAGCUGAAAUUUUCGAACGUGAACUGAAACCGAAUGCGUCCACUCGAGAAACUUUGGAAAAAAUUUUGCAAAUGCCUUCUUCUUACCCAAUCAGUGUUGAACAACGAGAUGUUAUUUGGAAAUUCAGAUAUUAUUUGCGCAGUAACAAAAAAGCUCUCACUAAAUUUGUAAGGUCUGUAAAUUGGAACGAAACUAAAGAAGUUAUGCAAGCGCUACAAUUAAUAAGUGAGUGGUCUCCGUUAGAAGCAGAAGAUGCUCUCGAAUUACUUUCACCUUCUAUUCAAAAUGAAAAUGUUCGUCGUUAUGCUGUAUCACGUAUAUCAGAAGCUUCUCAUGAUGAAAUUCUACUGUAUCUGCCGCAGCUUGUUCAAGCGCUAAGAUAUGAACCCUUUACAAUUAAUGAUAAUUUUCGAGUUUCAACCCAAAUUUUUUCGUCUGAUGAGGAAAAUGAUGAAACAGGAAAUGGUGAAAAAUAUAACGAUAAUGCUAUGCAACGAGUCUCACAAGAAUGCGAAGUUAAGAACGAUUUGUCAUCAUUCUUAAUUCGUUCUGCAUGUCAAAAUCAAUUUAUCGCUAAUUACCUUUAUUGGUUUCUGAAAGUUGAGAUCGAAUCAACUCGGUUAGUUAAACCAGACAUAUCUGAGAUGUAUAAAACUGUAAUGGAACAAUUGCUCGCAAAACUUGAAACUGGCAAUGACGAAUCGCGUCAGUGGAAUCAAUAUUUUAAGCGUCAGCAGAAGUUAAUUAAUGAACUUGUUGCCACCGCGAAAUAUUUAUCGCAAAAUUAUAGUUCUCGAAGUGAAAGAACCACCGCAUUAAAGCGAAUACUACAAGAGAAAGAAAUAUUCGAAAAUUUGGGUAAUAUUCCUCUUCCUCUUGAUCCAAGUAUUCGAGUAACUUCUAUUGUGGCAAAUGAAGCAUUUCUUUUCAAUAGUAAUCUUAUGCCUAUGAAACUUACAUUCAGUACUGAACAAAAUCAAAAUUAUGUGGCUAUUUUUAAAAAAGGCGAUGAUUUAAGGCAAGAUCAAUUGGUAGUACAAAUGAUUCGUUUAAUGGAUGGUAUCCUUCGGGCAGACGGGCUUGAUUUGCGCCUUACUCCUUAUCGCGUUCUUGCUACUUCAAGCACAGAGGGCUUCGUGCAAUUUGUUAAAGCGAAACCUUUUCGGGAUGUAAUUUCGACAUGGGGCUCAAUAACUGGUUUUCUGCAGUCUUUUCGACCAUCUCAAUCGGGAACAUUUGGAAUUGAACAGGAAGCUUAUGAUAAUUAUAUACGAUCUUGUGCUGGCUAUUCUAUUAUUUGUUAUAUUCUUGGAAUCGGCGAUCGUCACUUGCAUAAUUUACUAUUAUGCGAAAAUGGGAAAAUGUUUCAUAUAGAUUUUGGCUAUAUUCUUGGCCGAGAUCCUAAAAUACUGCCACCACCAAUGAAAUUGUCUCCAGAAAUGAUUCACGUCAUGGGAGGUCCAGAAAGAAAAGAAUGGCACGAUUUUCGUUCAUUGUGUUUCUCGGCAUUCAAUAUACUUCGGCGUCACGCGAAUAUUAUUUUAAAUUUGUUUUCUUUAAUGCUGGACGCUGGAAUACCUGAUAUUGCCUUAGAAAAAGAUAAAGCAGUGCAGAAAAUCGAACAGAGGCUAGUUUUACAAUUUUUAUACAAUUUUUGUACGAUUUGGAGAUUAUUUAUAGUUAAUUCUUUUUUUUUCAGAUUUCAUUUAGAUUUAAACGAUGAACAAGCAAACCGAUUGAUUCAGCGCUUGAUUGACGUUUCAGUUAGCGCAAAGAUGCCAAAGAUAACUGAAAUGAUGCAUGAUAUUAAUCAAUUAUUGAAUAACUAA